GCGUUCUGAACUUCGCCUGGUACUCACCGCCCUCCUUCCGGUCCGCUGCAGUGGCGCCGGAGAAUGUCACUAGCGGCCAUCCUGCUCUUCUGCUGGGUCCUGCAGGGGACAAUCUGGAAAACGAGGAAGACCUACAAAAACUCACCCUGCAUCGCUAUGACAUCGCGCAAGUGCGAGAGCAUGCGCAACUGGAGUUCCCUUCAGCCAGGGAGCUGAAAAGCACCAGUCGCAUGAGCCAAACGGUGUCCAAGCGCUUGACCCGGAUGACCCAUCGCAUGACCACGCGAUUGAUGGUGCCAGCUGGAUUGCCAGAUGUCUACAAGGUGCGGACCACUGUGCAUCAAGGCAGUUUGGAAGUUCACAUCUUCCCGUGGGUCAGAGUGAGUGGCGCAGCAGCAGAUGUUUCGACAGAUGGGAACUGGGGCCAUGCUCAAGAUUCUCGAUGA